UUGAGUCUACCUAAGACAUUAGACGAUAUGUUUCCUUUCUUGAAUGCUCGCAUCUUGGCUUUCGUCUUCGGCCUCUUAGGUAAUAUCAUCGCCUUCCUGGUUUUCUUGGCCCCAUUGCCAACAUUCUAUACAAUCUAUCGAAAAAAAUCAUCAGAAGGAUAUCAAGCUAUACCAUACAUGGUUGCUCUUUUUAGUGCAGCAUUGUUGUUGUACUAUGCUUUUCUCAAGACGAAUGCAUACAUGAUCGUUAGCAUUAAUGGCUUUGGAUGUCUAAUUGAAAUAACUUACCUUGCAGUGUACAUAUUUUAUGCACCCAAAAGUCUAAAGAUAUCCACAAUAAAAUUGAUAUCAAUAUUCAACAUUGGUGGACUUGGUAUGGUGACGGUAGUCUCACUUACCUUAGCAAAAGGCCCCAAAAGAGUUGCACUUGUAGGUUGGAUAUGUGCUAUUAUCAACCUUGCGGUGUUUGCUGCUCCUCUAAGCAUCAUGAGGAAAGUGAUUCGGACGAAAAGCGUCGAGUACAUGCCAUUCAUGCUCUCAUUUUUCCUCACUUUAUGUGCCAUUGCAUGGUUCUUUUAUGGCUUCUUUGUAGACGACUACUACAUAGCCGUACCAAACAUUGCUGGAUUCUUAUUUGGGAUCACUCAAAUGAUACUUUAUUGUGUGUAUAAGGAUUCUAAAAAGCAAACCGGUGAGGAUCAAGUAGCGAAAUCGAACGGAAAAGGGAAGAGUCGAGAAGAUUUUGAUAUGGAAGUUAUGGUUUGCAACAGUAAUCAAUCGUUGCACAACAAGUAAUUUUGUUAUGGUUUAUUCAAGAUAUAAUAGAAGAUGCAUAUCUAUAGAGGAAAACUUGUUUUCAAUGAGUUUUUGAAUAUGUUAGUUGAAGAUAAGGUAAAAAAGCUAUAUUACCCCUUGUAGGAUGAGUAUUUAAGAUCAAUAAUGUGGUAUGCAGUAUAGGGGUGAUAAGUUUUAGCCAUUACAAACAAAUAAUGUGGUCUGACUUUCAGACUUGCAAGCUUAAGUGUUAUCAAUGGUGGUAGUUAUAUA